CGUAUCACAAAACAAAUUAAUCAUCUUUAUAGCUGUCUUCUAUAAGGAGCGCACACUUUUCCGAUGUUCAUUAAGUACAGGUAAUAGCCAUGGCGUUCUCUCAGCGUUUUCCCAAGAUCUUGCUACUCUUAACGUUAGGUAAGGUGACUUAAACUUAACCAUUAAAGUUUUAGAGUUGUAAAAGUUAUUUAUUAACUAAAUCAAAUAUGUUGGAGCUGACUAUGCUAGUAAAUUUUACUACGUACAAUCAAAACUCAUUAAAACGGACACCAAAAAUUUAGGCACAAGUUCAGUUGCCGCAUUUUAUGUAGGGCUGUGUCCAUUAUGGAAAUACGGACGGAUAAAUUAUGGUAAUAUUAAUAAGAUUGAGAGAAUUCUCCUAUAGCUCAAUAAUUGCGCGUAAUCUCUUUACAGCGUCUUGGAAAGAUGAGUUUGGAACUUACUAUAAAAGUAUUUAUGCCUUAUUACAAUCUUUCAAACUGUCUUUAUUUCACACUAUAUGCAUGUAAGGAAUUUACCCAAGUGUACGUACCGUAAGUCUAUUACUGUUAAGAAUUAACUGUAUUUAAGCAGUGUUACUGUCUCCGUGUAAGUGUUAUGCAGAGGUGUCUUCAUUAUGGAGAGAGGGACGAAUCAGAAAUACUGGUAUUUUUACGGACUAAGAGAAUUGUACUCGAAAUGAUUGUGAGGUGUCGAUAAUCAGUGUCAGAGAGGUCUUGGAAAGAUGAGUUUCCUACCGUACUAACAGUAUUAAUUUAUACAGCAAACUGUUGAAGUUCCCGUCACCUUAAUUUGUAGCGUUUGUUUCCUUUCCAAUUAAGAGCACCUGACGCGUGGGCUGCUACAGUAACGAAACAGCCUAACCGCACUUUAAGCCUUUUCGCCUCUAAUUAAAUAGAAAAAUAACUCAGUUCUAACUAUUCCUCUGAACAAUGGAUAAAAAUCUCAAGUCUACAACAUAUCUGUUGGUCAAUAAUUUACAAAGGGGAAUUUGGUUAUUCGUGUUGGAGUUGUGGACACCCUGAAAAGACGUAGUUUCACAAAACGACUAGACAGUUAUAGACAGACAGAACUACAAAAAUGCGCGUAAAUAAGAUCGGAAAAGUUUUCAACUUACAUUUGUAAUCUUGCUAUUACCCAAUUUACCAAAGAAGCUUUUUAUUCAAAUUUCAUCAUGAAUUCUUAAUGGUUUUCUAAACCUUAAGACAGUAAUUCUUAAUGGACACUCUUAAUUCAUUAAAAUGAUAUCACAGUGCGUUCUAGAGAGUAGGUACCCUGAAAGUACGGGUUCUAGUUUACGAAUUUUUCCUCUGGCUUAGGAACAUUUACUGCUUGCGGAAAAGAACUGAGUAACAAAAUUAACUCCAGGACCUUUAAUUCAUUUCAUCAUCAAAUGUUCAUGAAAUUUUCUUUAUUACUUUUAUUUGAGUUUACAAGUGUUUUCCAGACCGAUUCAGGUUGAUUACGUUAUCAAUGACAAUUGAAGUAUAACCAAGGGCACUCUAUCUUCAUCUUGGCCCAAGAUGUCAUUGAGUAGUAUUGUCAGAGGCAAAGUUAACUCCAAGACCUUAAAUUUCAUCAUCAAAUGUUCGUGAAAUUAAAGUUUCUUUAUUACUAUUAUUUAAAUUUCCAAGUGUUUUCCAGACGGAUUCAGGUUGAUUACGUUAUCUAUGACAAUUUAAGUUACAACCAAGCGCACUCUAUCUUCAUCUUUGCCCAAGAUAUCAUUGAGUAGUAUUGUCACCUAAGUCUUGAAAGCCGAUAUUCACAAUAACGGAUGAAAACCUAAUUUCCUUCUCUUGUAACGUUCUUAUUGAGGGCUUAGACAUUCCUUUACCUUUUUUAAAGAAAGUGUAUUGUAUUGACAAACAAUCUGAACAGUGGAUAGACUUUUUUCCUUGUUUCUUUACUAGGGUGAUAAAACAAGUAGUUGAAAUUGCCCUUCUGAGCUCACUCCCAAGAAUUUUAUGAGCAAGUUACCUAUAUAUCUUUACUAGUCUAUUUCCUGUUGGUAUUGGCAAAUACUCCUGCUAUACAUUCCCAAGUGAUCGAAUGAAAAGAUAGAGACACGACAGUCAAUAACGGCCGAGCAUAUCACCCACAAUCCAUUCGUCUCCUAAAUUUUUUUCUUUAACGAAGUGUCUUCUGAAAUGAUUUAUUUCAGGCCUCAUAAAAAGUUGAAUACCUUUGUAAUAAGUUGCUUUUGAAUAUCGGAGACCGUCAAGGAGCUGAUGUCAUUGAGGGCGUUACAAAACAAUAGUUCUGCUGAUGAGGUCAAGUUCCUUCUACAUUUGCACUUUUAACCAUUGAGCACAUUUAGUACAUUUCCAUGCAUGGUGGCCGUUUUCUCUGUGUACUUUAGCUCUUAAAAGAGCUGAAUCACUCCCUCAAGGAGCAACGAUAAAAGCUGAGGCGAAAUUUAUAUCCUGGAUGAGUGAUCCAGCACUUUUGGGCUUCAGAUUAUACAUUUUAAAGUGUGUUCAAAAGAACAGUUCAGUCAGAGCUAAUCCUUUGAUUGCAAACCAAUUUGUGUUCUAUUUAUUACACAGCUUUGCUUGUGGUAGUAUGUAUCGCCGAUGAAAUAAACAGAAAGCCGGACGAUGAUGAAACAAUCCGUUCAGACGAUGUUUCCGCCAGAGUGGAACGUCGUUCAGGUAAAAUCAAAGUUGUUCGUCUGAGCGACGACGACAGCGAUGAUGAUGACGAUGACGAUGAUGAUGACGAUGAUGACGACGAUGAUGACGACGAUGACGAUGACGACGAUGAUGACGAUGAUGAUUUUAGUGACGACAACGACGACUUGUUAUCGUUUGAACUGGAUGGAAUAGAAGAAAAAGAUGCAGACGGGAACGACGUGGGCAGACUGGAGAGACAUUCCGUGGACUCGUUCGACGACACUUUCUUUCAAUUGUCUCAAGUAAAAAGCGACUCCUCGUUUCAAGGCCUCUCGGCAGUUAAUGUCAACAUUUCUGCUUAUCUUGACGAUCCUAAGGCUAAUCUUGACGUCAUGGUUUAUCUGUUUCGUGAGGCUGGUAAGGUCAAGUUUGGCACUGAGGCAUUUAAUGUUCAAGCUGGAACAGUGAAGUUUAAUAUCCAGGUUUGUUAUUUUCAGUUGUUUUAGGUUUAACGUAAUAAAACCCAAGACAUUGUUCGCUUUAUGUAAUGUAAUCCGGAUUUCGGAAUCGCGAAAAUUUUCCCGAACCAGUUACUGGAAUCCCGAAUCCACACCGUGGAUUCCAGAAUGAAAGUCUUUCCUGGCCGACUUUACAUAGGGUGACAUAGUCAAUAUAAAUUGUUCUUAAAUGGUAGCACUAGCAUCAUGCAUGAAAAAAGUCCUUUGAAUCACGGUCUCAUAAACUCCUUUUCCCACAGACUAAACUAGUAACGUCGAAAUAAAUAAUUUCUUUUCGCACAGAUUAGCAACUGGAAUUUCUGCAAAGAAACCGACUGCAGUGAGGGAAAAGCAGGGGAAUACUUGGAUCUCAAAUUAAAAAUCAAGAGCAAGGGAACACCCGAAGAGGUGGAUGACGAAGACCGCAAGAAAGCCAAUAAAGACGCUAUUUGUCAGAGCAACGACAAGUCCGAUAACGAUGCAAAUGACGCAAACGACGACAGUGAUGAUUGUCCCACCAUAUACGACAUGGGAGGGAACUCUGAGAUGCUGCUCAACAAAGGGGUAAGUUAACGAAUCGGUGUCGCCCAAUGUAAGGUAAUCCGGAUUCCGGAUUACAAAGAAGGGUGAGAUUCGGCGACCGUUUGGAAGCCGGAAUUCGAGUUCCAUUGACAAGGUAUUUGAAAUCUAAUGCCUGGAACCUGGAGUCUACAGCUUGGAAUCAAGAAUCCAUACAAGACUGUCUUGGAUUCCCUUACCUAAGGCGAAAUCGUGAAAGAGCGGAAGAAAGCAGUACGAGUUGGUUUGUGCUUAAAACGGAGAAUGAGUUUAAGUUGUGUUAGUACCGAAAGAGACCUGUUUUUUCCUUUUUAAUACAAUCCUUUUCCUUCUUAGAUCAUGAAUGACGACGAGUACACUGCCAUGCCAACAGGAUUCCCUAAAAUGGAGAUUGAAGAUGGAGAAAUGAAGUUCAAGUUCCGCAUUCCUAAGUUCAACCAAAAUUCUUUGAUAGACCCGAUUGUAACACCUGGUAAAAGCUCAAGUUCUUCAGCAGUAAACGCAUUGUGGAUGCAAAUCAGUAUUAUUCUGUUGCUUCAGGUCGCCGCUCUAUAUUUAGCUUAUUGAGAACUAUUAGUCAUUAAACAGUUUUGAAUUUUUAGAGAAUCUCGAAAGGGUUCGAGAAAAAAAAGAAAUUCUAAUGUAUCGAUCCUGUUUCCAUACCUAAUUUAACAACAAUCCUGAUAUCACAUUUGAUAUGCGCAGUGUGUUACCUGAUUUAUCAGCAAAGUGAGUACGUUAUUAGUACGUUUUUAAAACUGUCUAAUUUCUAGCUUUGAAGCGCCGGGCCAGCCCGUACACUUCACACUACUGACAAAUUCGGGACACCUUUAAUUGAGAGAAAAACUUGAUAUUCUCUUCAAAGUGGUAGCUACUUGAAUGCUUAAACAGAUUCUAAAUGCAUAUUUCACAUCCAUUUAAAAAUGAUCUUGUAAGCGUGAAAUAAAAUAUAAGGUAGAAUAAAGCUCCAGUACAAGUGGGGGUGCAAUAACCUCCAGAUCGAUCGGAGGUCCGGGCUCGAGCAAUAGCAGGGAUCAUUGUCUAAUGUGUUCUUGGGCAAGUCAUUUCCCUCUCAUAGUGCCUCAUUAUCCUCAAUCCCUAUGUAUAUAGUGGUACAAGGGAACUGAAUUUGACUCCCUACCUCAUGACCCUUGGAAGUGGGGAAUCUAGAUGAGCAGAACACACUCCCCUCUUUUUCGACCAAAGCGAGGCUCGUAUAGUCGCGAAAAAUUCUUUACUUGGCGAACUCCUCCCUUAACCUCUUCAUCUGACACCGUAUAUAUGGUCUUAAGGCUCGCUCUGCUCAGAGACGAAAUCGAACAUAGAUGAUCGCGUUUCGCAAAAGGUUUUUAAGUUUUUCUCACAUUUUUCGGCCUUUGAGCCAGACAUUCGUUACAGAAAAGUUUUCAACAAAAACGAGCAGCAUUGCCAGUACGUUUCUCGUGCGACACUACUGCCAUAUCACCAUAUCACCCCAGGGAGUGGCAGCCAUAGACUGGUACUUUGCCCUUGUAAAAACCUCACUGUUCAGGCUUCCUUUCAAGGCGAGUGGACAUUUGUAAGCCACGGAUGUUAAAACAUGACAUGACCAUCGGAGGAUCGAGUGGCCUCCGCUAAUCCAGCUAAAGAAUAGUUCGUGCUCUGUGUGGAUAAUGUGCUAACAAGGUACAGUCGAACCCCGCUUUACGGACACCCGUUAUUACGGACACCUCGUUAUUAUGGACAGUUUUCCUUGCCCUUGGGAAAAGUGAGCCCUCCCAUUUUUCUAUAAAUUCAAUCCGCUUAAUACAGACACUUUCUAUGGCCCACCUCAGUGUCCGUUUUAACGGUUUUGACUGUAGUUUACAGUUGCUGUUCUUAUAUAUAUAUUUAAAAAAAGCGAUAAAAAAAGGGACCAUAGGGAAAGUCCAAAGGAAUGAAAAUUGUGAACGUGCGUUGGACCUUCGUUGAUACGUGUCCGGAAACCACGUUUUUCAGGGUCGUAGAAAGGUACAAUAUGGUCUACGCUUGGUCGUAGACGUGUUUAGAAUAUGGAUAAUCAAU